AACCGUCACAGCUGCAUACCGCUAUAUUGCGAGCACACAACUGACACUUGACAGCGCCCAAAAAUGCGUUCCACUUAUAAAAUUUACCUACAGUGCCCCCGGUGUAUUUUACGUGAGCGGAACAGCAAUUUCAGCGGUCGUGGUUGAUCGCGUUGAGGGUCUUUAGUGGAACGCGCCCAAAGUCAUUGACAUUUGACAUUUACGUAUCUUAUACUUUUAUAUACUCUUUGAUUAAAGAUUGUUAUGACUUGCCUUAUAAACUGUAUUUCAUUUUAUAAGAAAAUAGUAUCCCAGCUAUAGUUCAACGUGACCUUUGUACAUUAACAUUUAGAUUUGUUUUUAAGGAAUUAUAUUAAGUUGAUCACUUUACCUCACAAUAGUUGUUUAAAUUUAAACUCUAGUUAUGUCGAUAAACAAACUAAUCGGUGGUGACUGUGGAGGCAAUAAUUCCCUUGUUCAACUUACGAAUAUUGUAAGCCGUGAUGCAUCUGCCGCACAGAAAUUGUCCCAAGCGGACAGGUUUGUUAAUGAGUUUAUAUCUCAAAAUUCCCAAGUUCCUCAAACUUUUAAUAUGAAUGCCUUGCUUAACAACAUGCCCGAGGUGGAGAAAACCAAAAUUUCAAAAGCUGUACCACUACCUACAACAAGCAGUAAAUCAAAUAUAUAUACACAGAGAUCUGCUCCAUGGCUUGCAGGUCCUUCUACUUCAUUGACUGCUCCUAUGAGACAAUUUGGCGUACCAUACCAACCUUUAAUGCAGCCACAUACAUCUUCGAACUUACAGAUCCAAUAUAUAAAUGAAGAAAAUUUGCAAAUGACAUCAAAUACAGAUGUUAAAGCUAAAGCACAAGAGUAUGUCAAUAGCGUUAAUGAAGAUGAUGAGCUGGCAUACAAUCAGUUUAUGUCAUUUAUGAAAAGAAUUAGUGCAGGGGAAUUAAACUUAAAUGAGACAUUAGAAGGACAACAGAAGCAAAUGACUAAAGAUGAAAUAGUAGAAGAAAUGGCUGAAAAAUAUAAAGAUGAAUGGGCUAAGCUAAGUGAUGUGGAAGAUUAUUGGAACAAUGAAACAGCUAAUGGAAUAGCUAAAGAAUACUCAUUUACUGAAGGUAAUGUAAUGUUAGAGAACAAAAGUGCUCUGGAAAUAGGUAAGGAAAAAUUAAAAAUGGGUGAUAUUCCUGGUGCUGUACUUUGUUUUGAAGCUGCUGCACAACAGCAACCUGAUUCCGCUGAAGUUUGGUUUCUUUUAGGAACCACACAAGCAGAAAAUGAACAAGAUCCAUUAGCGAUUACUGCUUUGAAAAAAUCAUUAGAAUUAGAUCCUCGACAACUAGAGGCUUAUAUUACUUUAGCCGCAGCUUAUACUAAUGAAAAUAUGGGUAAAUAUGCAUAUUUGACUUUACUGGAUUGGUUAAAAGCCAGUCCUAAAUACAGUGACAUUUGCCCACAAGACAUCAAUGCUCAAAAAAUGAAUUUGAAGGAAUUAGAGGCAUAUGUGACAUCAUUGUAUUUAAAAGCUGCACAAAUGAGUCCUUCACAGAUAGAUGCAGAUGUUCAAAAUGCCCUUGGUGUCAUAUUCAAUAUCAACCAACAAUAUGAUAAAGCUGUAGAUUGUUUUAAAGCAGCUUUAAUGGUAUCUUCAGAUAAUGCAAAACUUUGGAAUAGACUCGGUGCAACUCUAGCUAAUAGUGACAAAUCAGAAGAGGCUGUUGAAGCAUACCAUGAAGCUUUAAACUUAGAACCUGGUUUUAUCAGAGCUAGGUACAAUGUUGGUAUAACAUGUAUGAAUUUAGGUGCUCACAAACAAGCAGCAGAACAUUUCUUGGUUGCUUUAAAUCAGCAAUAUAAAGCAAAAAGUAUGCAUCCAAAUGCAUCAUCUACUGAUACAAGUUCUUCAACAAUUUGGACUACUUUAAGGAUGGUGUGCUCAUUUAUGGGAGAGCAUGAUGUAGCAAAGUUAGUUGAUGAGAGAAACUUAAGCGAAUUAAAUAAGUUUUUUGAAGUUGAUUCUUGAAGAACAUACAUAAUGUAAAUUUGUAAGCAUUUCUUAUUGUGAUAGUUUAGAGGCAGUGGGCAAUAUUAAUUAUUCUGUUACUAUUGUUUUGAUGUCAGCGAUAUUUUAUGUAUUUUUUUAUACUUUUCUGGAAAAUUAGGGGUUUAAUAAAAUUUUCAAUUAA